AUGGAAGCCAACAACCUCAUGACCGUUUACCACGGCUGCAGCACAGCCAGCAUCGGCCCCAUCAAGGCCGGGAUCCUCGAUGUCGACAGCGGCAAGGCCAGCGACUUCACCUCCUUUGCCGAAGGCAGGGGCUUCUACACUACGACCGACAGGGACUUUGCGCGCGACUGGGCGAUCAAGCAGCAUGGCGAGGCCUCUGCGGCGGUCAUGCGCUUCCAGUUCAAUCCGGCGGGUCUGACCGUCCGGGACUUUGGGCAUGAGAAGAGCAAGGACUACGCCAAGUGGCAAAAGUGUAUCUUUGACAACUACAACGACAAGGAGCGCGCCAAGAAGGACAAGCUCACCGAAUGGCACACCAUCGACGUCAUCAUCGGCAUGAUCUCUGAUGCGGACGACGAGAGCAACCCGUGGUCGAACGCCCGCGAUGUCAAGCCCAUCCAGGCGCCGGGGCCUAUCACUCAGGUGUUCGCUCGGUCGAACAAAGCCAUGGAGGACGAUCGCUGGGUGCAUAAGGGUACUGAGGUGAUGGAGGACGGAGAGUGGAAGUCGGUUCCCGCUAUAGCGGCCUCGAGAGCCACCAAGAUGGCCAAAGAAACCAAAAGAAAGCGGGACGAACCACUAGACGGCGCCUCGCAUGCCGCCGGACUAGGGUCGGCAUCAGCUGGGCCAUCAUCUGCUGCUGGUCCGAGCGGGUCAACAUGGCAGGAUGGAGACGCGUCCGCUACUGCCUCUGGUGUCAAGGCUGGCAAGGCGAAUUCAGAAGGCGCUGUCGUGCUGUUCCGAAAGAGUGACGGGACUGCGCAGUAUUCUGGUCGUAUAAGCGGAAGCAAGUCACUGGCCGAGGUGUCCAUCAAGGUCGCCAAAAAGCUCGCCUUCCCGCCUGGAACUGAUGUCCGCUUGGCGCAUGUACGGGACAGAGGUAGAGAGGUAGACAUCUGGGAUCGAUAUGAUCUCGAAACGCUACGCAAACGGGCUAUCGAUGACCCCUCGGCUCAGCUCAUCGUGAACGUCUACGCCGUCGCUGGUCCUUCGUCGUUCACCUCUCCGGGCGAUGCGGCUUUUCGGACUCCCAUGCCUCACGGCUCGGCACCAUUGCUAGCCAACGGCGAUGCGUCUCCUACACCCAAUCGACAAACGCAGACGUCGACCAAGAAGAAGCGGAAGGCGGACCGAGACGACGCAUCUGCUACAAUAGCACCUGUUGCUACUUCGUCUUCGGGCACAUCUAUGUCCGAAUCCCAGCGCAAGAAAGCAAGGAGGGAGGAGAAGAUUCGGCUGAAGAAGCUGCAAGAGGUUGGCGACUUGCAGGCAGCUGGAAGCCUACAUCCAUCGUCUCUCCAGUCACCGUCAGCGCAUACCCCUUCAUCGGCCAAUCUCGCUUCUCCCACCACGGACCCUCGCUCCCUUCCGCAAGCCUCUGCCCCAUCUCCGGUGUCCCCCAAAAAGACAAAGUCGAAAAAGAAGGCCAAGCCGUCCUCUCUCCCUCCCCAAUCCCCUCUUCCUGCCGAGUCAUCCGCACCAGCGUCGACGGGCAAGCGGAAACGGUCAAUCUCUCCUCCUCAGCCUCAAGCUCCGGUCACAUCCAGCGGGACCCCACCGGCGUCGCCCUCGUCGUCUGAUCCAGCGGCGAGGAAGAAGCAGAGGAGAGAGGCAAAGAAGCAGAGGGAAUCAACCGGACUCCCUCCAAUUUCCACGUCGACACCCAGCCCCAGCUCCCCGGCGGAGACGAAAGGCGCUGCCGCUGCUCUUCGGAAGCAGGCACAUAAACCUGCCCGACCCAGUCCGCUGGGUCUUUCGUCCACUUCAGCCCAGGCCGAUGCUGCGGCAUCAUCGUCGUCUCCGGCCGAUCGACGGGAGGACGCCCCAGUCGCUCCGGUUCCUGUCAACCAGGUGGGCGGCCCGGCGGCAGCGAAGUCAAAGAAGGCGAAGGGAAAGCGAAACGGAUCAUUGGCAGCCGCAGCCUCUUUCCCUUCGAAUGGAGACGCAACGCCCACGACCUCCACCUCCACUGCAGGAUCAUCAUCCGCAUUCGCGGCAGGCUCAGAUAUCCAGGCCACGUCCCAGAACAAUCGGAGGAAAAGCGAUGCGGGCGAAGGCGGAGUCAAGGUGAUCUCUGGUCUCAUGGCGCGAUUUCGGGAGGAACAGGCGAGGAAAGCCGCCGAGAAGGCUGCAGCGGAAGGUGGUGGGGCGAGUGAAGUGGGGCACUCCAGCGCAUCCCGAGCUCCCGCAUCGGAGGCUACAGUGGUAGCUACAACCAGCGAGAAGAAGGACGCGACGAAGAAGGAAAAGAAGAAGCCGAAGGCGGCUGCUCAGGCCGCCGCGGCCGAGUCUGAAAGCCCGGAAGCUCCAGAACCGAUCGCCCAAACGGAAAUAUCUCAGGAGGAGACGUCAAAGGUGAAGCAAAAGCCCGCCAAGAAGGCGCAGAAAUCUGAAGUUCAGGAGCAAGCUGCAGCAAUCAUCGAGUCGCAUGUUGAGGCGCCUACCCCGGCAACUGGGUCAUCUCGAUCUAUCACCGACGAGCCAUCUUCCGACUCCAGCUCCAUCCCAUCUGAUUCCACAUCCACAACCAAGAAAUCUACCAAAUCUACCGCCAGAGCCACCCCCAGCAAAGCUAGUACAUCCAAAGCAGCCGCGCCUCUCGCUCCUCGGACUGUCCUGUCAUGCCCUGUGUGCGGCGGCGUGCCAUUUCAUAUCCAAUCUAGAUGUCCGAUCAUCAAGUCUGGACUGGACGCGCUCGAAGAAAGGCUGGAGGUGGUCUUGCGGGAAAUGACGGGCGGGCGGUAUUGGCAGGCGAGCGUGGAGAUUAUCGAAUCGUGGAUCAAGAAGCUAAAGGAAGCGGAGAAGGAGAAGCACGCCGAGGAGGCGGUGGCGGCUGAGCCAGAGGAGGCGCCGGUGACGGCUGGUCAGCCUUCGAAGGCACCGAAAACCACGGCGACAUCUGUACCGGCGGAAGCUGCCGUCCCUGCGCAGCUAACUUCGGCGCCUACCCCGGACCCGGUCGACCAUGCCGAUCGCUCAUCGGUCACUUCUUCAGCUUCGCCCGCUCCGGAGCGUGCUCCAAGCUUGCCUCCUGUCGCCGCUGCCGAUCCUGUGGUCCAGCCAGAGAUCGAGCCUGAAGUGGAGCCUGAAGUCGAGGAGGACGACGAGGCGGAAAACCAGGCUGAGGUCGAGGCGGAAGUCGCGCCCGAGGUGGAAGUGGAUGCGGAGCCGGCGGCGCAGGAGGCAGCGCGGCCGUCGGACGUCGAGGAGGAGACUCUGACUGUCGACACUACCGCGCACGACGCGCCAGCUGCGGAGCCAGCAGUCGACACCACUCCCGCCAAGAUUGCAAGCACACCCGCGGUACGGAAAACUCCCAUCACAUACAGUCGGCGGACGCCAAUUGGGCCGCCAUCCAUCUCGUCCGCGAGCAGCUCGUCGAGCUCUUCAGAGGAGGACGAGGUGUCCAAGCCUGCUGCUGUCAAAUCGCUCAAGUCAGCGGGCAAGGCAAAUGGUGUCACGCCAUCAGCCCCUCCUGCCGGCGCUGAGGCCAGCGCCGACCCGGAAACUUUACCGCCAAUUUUCCUCCGUGGACUGAAGGGCCGCAAGACAGCCGGCUCGGUCAGCGCUGUCAGCGCCAGUACUGCGCUCAUAGAGACCGAGUCUGACUCUGACUCCGCCUCGGAUUCCGAGUCUGGCUCUGGGUCCGGCUCCGACUCGGGGUCGGGGGAUGAGGAUGAUGAUUCUGAUCUCGGCGCGGAGACCGGUGCGGAGGCAGAGGAGGCGGAAGAAGAAGCGGAGGACCAGGAGAACAGAUCGAUGAGCAGGGAAGAGCAAGCAUUCAACGCUGGAUCGCAGCAGAAACCGCCGUCCCAGGCCAAGACGAACGGCGGGGCGGGCGAAGACGAGGAUGUGGACAUGGACGGAGAUGACGAGGCGGACGACGUGUCCGAGACGACAACCGCGGCUAUCGCUCGCCUCGACCUGCCCAAUAUGGUCGGCCGAAGGACGGCUUCGCCAGCCGUCAACACGACCAGUCGUGCUCGCCGGAUUCCCGAAGCCCGCUCCGGUUCAGAAACGUCCGAUUCCACCUCCAACUCCGGCUCGGACGCCUCUUCUGCAACUUCCGCAUCUACCCUUUCUACAACUAUCCGCCGUCCUGUUACCGGCUCAGCGGCCAAUCGUCUUGCAUACGACGCCUUACCGGACCCCCAGGCUCUUUUCAACGAUUUCUUCAAUCGACCGCUUUCACAAGCGGAGCGCGCGGAGGUCAAAAAGUCAGCAGAAGCGAUGGGUGACGUUUCGCUUCGACCAGACGCGGACGGGGAUGGGGAUGACGAGUCGGUCGAGAGCGUUUCGGAGGAGCAGGCAGAGGCAGGUGGGGCAAUUCGGGACGAUGCGAGUUCGAUCGGCGAUUUCGGGAGUGUGGUGGAGCAGGAGCAGGAUGUCAUCGUGGCGGAAGAUGGGGAGGAGGGCGGUGCGGGCCUGAUCAAUGGUCAACCACCUGUACUUAGCUCACAGGCGGAUCUGGUGACGCAGAUCGAGGAUGCGCCCGCAUCGCAGGGUGCAUCGCAGGCGGCUACGGCUACCCCGGGAGUGCCCGAGUCUAUAGAUACCGCAUCUGCGGAAGCUGCGCCUCUCGAAGACCUCAUCAUCGCCACCCAGCCGUCACAGCGAUCCUCGUCAUCCCAGCUGGAUACCCACAAGAUGGGUCGGCAGCCAUCUACCCAGUCCAGCUCGUCCUCGCUCGAAUCUCGCCGAUCUCUUCGGUUCAAACAGCUCGACGAGGAGGCCGGUCCAAGCCAGCGAGUGGGCGAUUUAGAAGGAUCGAUCGCGCUCGAGCAGGCGCGGGCGGAAGAGGCGACUCCAGAGCCGGCAUCGCAGCUUGAGGUGUCAGCCAAGGUGCCGAUUCCAGCCAGCCCGGACGUCGAGAUGGAGGAGGACACGGCUACCCCUAAACCUCGCGGACGGGGCCGGCCGCUUAACAUCUCGGCUAGCCAGCCUGUCGAGACCGCUAGCGAGAGUCGCGCUGGUCGCCGGUCCAGCCGCUUGCAAUCGGUCGACGCGGAGGAAGUCAUUAUUCCCGCUUCGCAGCAACCCACGCCCAAAGUUCGCAGGGCGUCUCAGCUCUCGCAAGUCUCGCAGGCCAGGCAAUCGGCGCCGGUUCCGAGCGGGAUGGACGUUCUUGUCGAGGAGUCACUGGAGUCUGCGCCGGUCCGUUCCAGCCAGAUCGACCAGCUCGCGACUUCCCCACUCAACAGUCAGACGGAGCCGGAAGUUUCGGUGCCUGCCGCGACGACGCGACGCAGUACUCGCGCUAGCAGUCGGGUCUCUGCCAGCCCUGCCCCUUCUGCCCCCACAUCGCCCACCGCGCGUCGCGGGACACGGAAGGCCACCGCGUCGAUCCCGCCAUCUUCGUCGACCCGUCCUGCCCUCAGGCGGGGUGGGAGCUCGCAAGUCUCUUUCCAGGAAGAAGCCCUAGAGAGCCCGCUCUUCAUGCCUCAAUCUCAACCGCUCGAGACACAGGCGUAUACCCUUCACGCGCAGACCGUGUCCAGCUCCCCACCUCGCGACUGUCCCUCACCACCGCCGGCUGCCCAGCGCCCGAGGGGCCGGAAGAUCCUCGCGAGUCCGAUCCUGGAGGAAGAAGACGAGGAGGACGAGCCGAUGGCCACGCCAACUGGAAGGUCAAUGGACCGGUCCACUGCCCCUCUGUCUCGCCGGGAGUCUGAAGCUUCCACUGCUGCGCCGGAUGAAGGAGACGAGGGGGAUGAUGACGAGGUUGACAAGGAUGAGGAGGAGGACGGAGACGAAGAAGAAGAUCAGUCAAGGUCUGGGGCGGAAAAGAAAAAGGUCGGGUCGAGCCGGUCAACCAACUCCCCACCUCCAAUCUCGGCGAUCGAACGCUCCGCCUCGUCCCAGGCCCCACCCAAGCGGUCGUACCCCGUUCCUCCGCGUCCCGCGUCCUCUCAACCCGUAUCGACCCGUUCGGCACGCGUCGACCCGCCCGCAUCGUUCGCCCCUUCUCUUAUGGAUCUACCGAUGGAACUGCUCCGGUCGGGUGCGUCGGCCAUCGCGACAUUGACGGGAUUCGGUGGCAGCCCUCAGAGCCAGUCCCAACUUAAGGCUAGCCAAAAUAGCCUCUCCAACGGGCACAAGGACAGUCCGCUCGCUAGCAAAGGAUUAUCGGAAAUGCUCGGCGGUCCGGAUAGCGAGAGCGAUAGUGGGUCUGGGUCAGAGAGCGAGAGUAGUGCCGAGGAAGAGGAGGCCGGAGGGGGUAAAGGUGAUAAUAAGGGGUUGAAGGGGCGGUAUGCCUCGGCGAGUCAAAAGAAGAAGGUGGUUAGUACGAAGGGGAAGGUGGUGGGGUGGUGA